AUGGGGACCCAAAGAAUGAUUCAUUUUGGGGGGGAGAGAAUUCGCCGCCGUCAAAUGAAUGAUUACCUCGCCGUCUUCCGCUCCUUGAUGCCCCCUUCUUAUGCUCAAAGGGGAGAUCAAGCAUCAAUUGUAGGAGGUGCAAUAAACUUCGUGAAAGAACUCGAACAACUGCUCCAAUUUCUGGAAGCCCAAAACCCAGCCAAUCAAUUACAACCACCACCGAGCGGCGGCGGCGCCGCCACCUACUCCGGCCUUUUCUCCAAAAUUUUCACCUUCCCACAGUACUCAACAUCUCCGAGCGCCGCCGUGGAUGCGGCGGCGACGACGGCGGAGGAGAGGCGGUCGGGCGUGGCGGACAUUGAGGUGACGGUGGUGGAGAGUCACGCGAAUAUAAAGCUAUUAACAAAAAGACGGCCGAAACAGCUGCUGAAAUUGGUCGCCGGAUUUCAGUCAGUUUAUCUGACGAUUCUCCACCUAAAUAUUACCGCCGCCGCCGUCGAUGAAUCGGUGCUCUACUCUUUCAGUGUUAAGGUUGAGGAUGAAUGUGAGUUAACUACGGUAAACGAAAUAGCAACAACUGUGCAUGAAAUUGUGGGUAUGAUCCAACAAGAGUCACUUUCCAGCUGAGACAACCCGCCGCAUGAUUAAUUCAUAGUCGUCCCAAAAAUUUUAAUUUAUUGUCAAAUCAUUUUUCUUCAUAAAUUAUUUAAAUAAUUAGUUAUAGCUUACCUUUUUUUUUUUUUUUAAUAUAAAUCUUAAUUUAAUGCUACUCUACGAUAUUAGUAGUUUGAUUAAUUUAAUAUGCGUUUGCCAACUACUUAUGUGGAUUAUUCUAUUUUAGGUGGUAAUUAUUAUUUUUUUUCUUAUGUGUGAAUCAAGGCAACGACAAUAGAAA